ACGGCUGCUGGCAGCACCUCUAGCCUACGUCUCCGCAGUGUCUCAGACGCCGGGAAGGAAAUGGCAGAAGCCAGCGACGCAGCCCACAGCGCUUCAACCCACAGCGCUCAAACUGUGGAAUAUCUCAAGUGCAGCUGCACCUUUUGCACUGACUUCAACAACUUGGGAGGACCAGGACCAGGACCAGUGAAGGAGGAAUCAUUUCAGGAUUCACAACCUAGCUUGAGCUCGACGAUUUUGGCUGGCGCAGACUUCGGGGAAAAUACAGAAUUCGAUUCAACUUACUUCUCCAACUUUGGAGCUGGCCAGAAGGAGGAAGACUUGGACACUCAGAUCACCUUGGCCUCGACAUUUCUGGAAGGAACAAACUACCAGGAAAACGCGGGAUUCGAACCCGCUAAUGGAGAAGCAACUGCCCCUGUUGCUGAAGCACCCCAAGCCUGGGAGGGUGUCGAAAAUCUUGAGCUUGGAGGCAGCUUCCCGAAGCCCAACAUUCAGCAGGAGAAGGAGGCUGUUGCCCCCAUGCAGCAGCCCCCGCCGGAGUCCAUGCCGCAGCCUCCUCUGCAGCCCCGGGUGCUGAGGCCCCGGGUGCAAGCCCCGAUGCCCAGGGUGCAGGCCCCAGUACAGCCUCCGCUGCCCCCUAUGCAGCCUGCGGUGCAUCCUCCGAUGCAUCCGCCCACGCAGCCCCUGCCUCAACCAAAGCCCCGCCGCUACCGUAUCUCCUUCACUCAGCUUCAACUGCAGGAGCUGGAGGCAUAUUUCCAGCGCAUCCAAUACCCGGACCUGUUUGCUAGAAUGAAUCUUGCCCAACGCCUGGGUUUGCCUGAAUCCAGAGUGCAGGUUUGGUUUCAGAACAGAAGGGCCAAGUGGAGACAACUUCAGCGGACACAUAUAUACAGAAACAUGAUUCCAGUUGCCAUGAGUCCCCCCGUGGGCUUAUACAUUGAUGAUAAUUAUGGUCCCAUCCCUAUUGUGGAGGUUAUUUGGAAAUAUCACCCUGUGCUGCCACAGCCCAUGGAUCCUCUUAUUCUGCCUCUUCCACCCAUGCACCCUCCACCAUUCAGGGUUCCUGAACCACCUAGGCCAUUCCAUCCACCUCCAUUUCCCUGGCCACAUGUGCCACCUAAUGUUCAAAUGCCCAAUGCAGCUAUGGGAUAUGACCCUGCCCGCAAUGGCCAGUUUGCAGGUCAUACACACUGAAGUCUACAUCAGUUUUUCCAAACUGUUUUCCAAUGGGAUUUAUAUUGUUUACAGACAUUGUUAAGCAUAACUCAGCGAGCACUUAUUAAAUGAAAUAGUGUCCAAAGUUAGUGCCUUAUUUUCUGUAAAGUUGCAAGUUUAUGUUCAAUAAAGUUUGGUUUAGCAGCA